UUUUCUUUUUCUUUUUUCUUAGUAAAACGCUUCAGAGAACCAAAGCAUGAAAGACGUCCCUGGAGGAUAUGGUUUUUAGAUACUUCCAAGCAAGCCAUAGGGAUGUUGUUCAUCCACUUCGCAAAUGUCUACUUGUCAGACCUUACAGAAGAAGACCCUUGUUCACUGUACCUCAUCAACUUCCUGUUAGAUGCCACGUUAGGAAUGCUGUUAAUCUACAUUGGCAUACGUGCAGUCAGCAGCAUUGUGGAGUGGCAGCAGUGGGAGUCCCUGCGCUUUGGGGAAUACGGUGACCCAGUGCAGUGCAGUGCUUGGGUGGGCCAGUGUGCGCUCUACAUAAUGAUUAUGACAUUUGAGAAAACCGUCAUCAUCAUAGUGCUGCUUAUACCUCAGUGGAAGGAGGUAGCUUUAUUGAAUCCUAUAGAGAACCCCCAGUUGGAGCUGGCUAUCGUCAUGCUGAUAGUUCCCUUCUUUGUUAAUGCAUUAAUGUUCUGGGUUGUAGAUAAUUUUCUUAUGAAAAAAGGGAAGACAAAAGCUAAACUUGAAGAAAAGGAAGCAGGACAAGAUUCAAGAAAUGGAAGUAAAGUCCGAUACAGGAGAGCAGCGUCGCAUGAAGAGUCGGAGUCAGAAAUCCUUAUUUCGGCGGACGAUGAGAUGGAGGAAUCGGAUGCUGAAGAGGACCUGCGUAGACUGACCAACUUGAAGCCCAUUAAGAAGAAGAAGCAUCGGUUUGGUCUAUUUGCACACUGGUGCUUGUUAGCGUGUUCCGGCGUUCAUGAUGCGCGGCUGUGGGAAGCAGGUCUUCUGCUGGAGUUGAACUUCAGAGCUGCAGGCGCAGUUGUUGGCGCUUCUUCGGCUUUGUUGGCCUACGGAAAGUAGCCAGCCCCUGUGAAAAAGAAGCGCCCUCCGGUGAAGGAAGAAGACCUCAAAGGAGCCAGAGCAAACCUUUCCAAAAACCAGGAAAUUAAAUCCAAAACCUACCAAGUGAUGAAGCAGUGUGAACAAAUGGGCUCUGCAGCACCCUCCAUAUUCAGCCGGGAUCGGACAGGGGGUGAAACAGUCUUUGAGAAACCCAAAGAAGCGCCGGCCAAGAGUGUCUUUGGCUGA